GACAGAGAAGGGGCUUCCUUCCAACGCUACGCCGAAGCCAAUUAAUCCCCUUCCCUUCAUAACUUGCUCCUCCACCAAAGCCUAAUGGCUUCCUCCUCCUCUCAUGCCGCCGCGUUGCCCUAGAACCCUCGGCCCCCCCGCCGCUCCUCCUCGAAUUCCCCUCUCACUCCAAUCGGUCCCCCUGACACGCCCGCGCCGGAUCCCUACCCCGGAAUUCCGCUCGGAAUUCCGGGCCGGAUAGAAAUCGAACUGCCUGCCUGCCUCCUCUCGAUCAAAUAACGCACGCCUGAGGUGGUUGGAUCCCCGGGCGGGGGUCGGUGUGGGAGUCUGUUGAUUUCGGUUUCUUCUCCCCCGUGCCGCGAUGGGGGCGCCGAAGCAGCGCUGGACGCCGGAGGAGGAGGCCGCGCUCAAGGCCGGCGUCGCCAAGCAUGGGCCCGGCAAGUGGCGCACCAUCCUCAGGGACCCGGACUUCAGCGUGCUCCUGCGCCUCCGCUCCAAUGUUGACCUCAAGGACAAGUGGCGCAACUUGAGUGUCACCGCUGGAGGUUAUGGGUCUAGGGAGAAGGCGAGAAUGGCGUUGAAGAAAGGCAGGCGUGUGGUGCCUAAGCUUACUGCUGAGCCAAUGGAUGUUGAUGUGAAUGGUUUGGACAAUGUUCAAGAUGUGGUCAUCGAUGCUGAACCAUUAGCAAUGUCUGUGGAGCCCUUGGCACUCGAGGAAAGUCCGGAAAAAUCAGUUGCUAGGCUUGAUGACCUCAUAUUAGAAGCUAUAAAGAAGCUUAAGGAGCCUUCUGGGUCCAAUAAGGCAGCCAUUGCUGCAUAUAUUGAGGAGCAAUACUGGCCACCCGCUGAUUUUCAACGGCUGCUGUCUACGAAAUUGAAGGCAUUGGUUAAUUCUGGAAAAUUGAUGAAGGUCAACCAAAAGUACAGAAUUGCACCAAGUUCACCUUCCUUGGGCGGAAUAAGCACCAAGGUGUACGCUGCUGAAGAGAUGAAUGGAGAGAAUAAUGCUAAACAGCUAACUAAGCCUCAAGUGGAUGCUGAACUGGAGAAGAUGAAAGGCAUGACUAAGGAAGAGGCAGCUGCCUUUGCUGCCAAGGCAGUUGCUGAGGCAGAAGUAGCAAUAGCAGAAGCUGAGGAAGCAGCAAGGAUUGCGGAGGCUGCAGAAAAUGAUGCUGAAACUGCCAAAGCUUUUCUUGAAGCUGUCACUUUGUCUAUGAGGGACAGAAAUGCUGCUUCCAUGAUGCUUCGAGCUUGCUGAUCCUUUACCCAUGCCAACAUAUUGUUUUGGUCAGCAGAACAUCGGUGUUCUGCUGCAAAGAUUUUCCGGAUAGAUGGGUUUCUUGUAUAGCCUUGUAGAUCAUGAUGCUUCAACGGGAGGGGUUUUCAACAUCUCGCUGCUGGUCCUGACUGCUGUGCGGCCAAUGGACAAAUAUGAUGACAAGAAUGAUCGGGAAAGUAGUCUUCAUUUUUUGUUUUGUUUUUCCCCCAUUGUGUUGCUUUGUAAUUAAACUCUAGCCUUUUCCCUUUUGUAGUUGAUGAAGUGAUGUCGUCAAAUAGAACAACUGUAGUGGAAAGAAAAUGUCAGAAAGCCGCUUAGUUAAUGCAAGUUGCUGUGAUAAGAUGUUUCUAGAUAAGAUUAUUUGAUGACAGCAUCUAACAUUAUAGGCUUUUAUAGCUGAUUCACAGUUGCAGUGGAUUAUUGGCCGCUGCUUCGUAUCUAAUUCCUGUAGGUAUAUCCUUGGUACAUAUCUUUACUCCUGCCAUGGUACUCUGGUUCA